GGCGCUCCCAGUGGCGGAAGCAGCAUGGCGUGGAGACAGCUCAAAAAGCGGGCCCAGGAUGCUGUGGUCAUUCUGGGAGGCGGAGGACUUCUCUUCACUUCGUACCUGACGGCCAUGGGGGACGAACAUUUCUAUGCUGAACACUUGAUGCCAGCUCUGCAGAGGCUGCUGGACCCCGAGGCAGCCCACAGGCUGGCCAUUCGUUUCACCUCCCUGGGGCUCCUCCCUCGUGCCACGUUUCAAGACUCUGACAUGCUGGAAGUGAGAGUCCUGGGCCAUAAAUUCCGAAAUCCAGUGGGAAUUGCUGCAGGAUUUGACAAGCACGGGGAAGCCGUGGAUGGACUUUACAAGAUGGGCUUUGGUUUUGUAGAGAUCGGCAGUGUGACUCCACAACCUCAGGAAGGAAACCCCAGACCCAGAGUCUUUCGCCUUCCAGAGGACCAGGCUGUCAUCAACAGAUACGGAUUUAACAGUCACGGACUCUCAGUAGUGGAACACAGGUUGCGGGCCAGACAGGAGAAGCAGGCCAGGCUCACAGAAGGGGGGCUGCCACUGGGAAUCAACCUGGGGAAAAAUAAGACCUCGGUGGAUGCUGCUGCGGACUACACGGAGGGGGUUCGAGUCCUGGGCCCCUUGGCUGACUACCUAGUAGUGAACGUGUCCAGUCCCAACACUGCAGGGCUACGGAGCCUUCAGGGAAAGGCUGAGCUGCGCCACCUGCUGACCAAGGUGCUGCAGGAGAGGGAUGCCCUGCAGGGAGCGCGCAAACCCGCUGUGCUCCUGAAGAUUGCACCCGACCUCACAGCCCAGGACAAGGAGGAUAUCGCUAGUGUGGUGAGAGAGUUGGGCAUCGAUGGACUGAUUAUCACGAACACCACAGUCAGCCGCCCUGCUGGCCUCCAGGGUGCCCUGCGCUCUGAAACAGGAGGGCUGAGUGGGAAGCCCCUCCGGGAUUUAUCAACUCAAACCAUCCGGGAGAUGUAUGCACUCACCAAAGGCAGAGUCCCCAUCAUUGGCGUUGGCGGUGUCAGCAGUGGGCAGGAUGCCCUGGAGAAGAUCCGGGCGGGGGCCUCUCUGGUGCAGCUGUACACGGCCCUCACCUACCGGGGGCCGCCCGUGGUGGGCAGGGUCAAGCGGGAGCUGGAGGCCCUUUUGAAGGAGCAGGGUUUUACCAGAAUCACAGAUGCCAUUGGAGCAGAUCAUCGGAAGUGAGGACGUUUUCAGUAGGAAGCCUGAUCUGCAGUCUCCCCGCUAAAUCAGACAGGCCUUUGUGGCUGGAUCGAGAGAAGAGAGCCACAUCUGCCGAACCACAACCGCCCUUCCUCCGGCCCAACUGUAAAAGCCAAUCAGAAGCAUCACCAGAAUCAAUACAUGGCUUUCUUUAAUCACUUGUCGGACCAUGAACUACAUUCAUGAGUCUUUCUAGACUCAAAUCCCUUUAAUAUUGCAAGGACAUUAAAUAUUUGAGGUAACACAUCAUGGAAAAGAUAAAGCCAUUUAAAACCUGGAUUUAGGGGCAACUGGGUGGCGACUGACUUUGCCUCAGGUCAUGAUCUCACAGUCUGUGAGUUUGAGCACCACAUUGGG